AUGUCAACAUCGGAUUUUUAUAGAUGCUGUGUAAUUGAAAAAGAUAUUAAUAACGAAACCCUUUUGGUAUGGGCUUUUCCUUCUGUCACUCCUGAGCAAAAGAAAUUCAUUUUAAGAAAAUACAGUAGUAAUUAUUUUCAAGAACCUUCGUUUGCAUUCACAAGGUAUCACAAUGAAUGGUGUUACAUAAUCAAAACACAAAUUUUUACGACUGAUAAUUUACCACAAGUAAAACAAUAUGCUUUGACAUUAUGGACAAAAGAUUACAAUCCGAAAAAGUAUGAAACCUUAUGUAAAAUAUUAUGCAGCAAAUAUUGCAAAUCGGGAAAUCCUGCAGAAUUGUUGCAAUUGUAUUUAUCAGUUAUGACAAAAGGUGUUUGUCCGACUGAGAAAAAUGGAAUGUUUGUGAUUUCAAAUUACGAUUCCAUGAAAAUCGAUUGUCAAGGUGCAGUUAAAGAGCUCAUUAAACUUUUCGGCUUGGAAAUAAUAUUAAUAUAUAAUUCACUGCUGUUAAAUAAAAGAAUGAUAAUUUAUCAUCACAGUCUUGAGAGUUUAUUAAAAUACAUUCAAGCUGUUCCACAACUCAUGAUUCAUAGAAAUUUCAACGAAACCACAUUUCCAUGGCUCGAUUUACAAAAUGAUGAAUUGAACGAAUUGAAAUGUUAUGAAGGAUUCAUAGCAGGAUGCCCAGAUAAGAGUAUUGAAGCUCUAAAAGAAGUUUAUGAUAUAUUUGUUAACAUACCUGCGAGAGAAGUAACAGUAUCGCCUCAUUCGAAAGAUUAUUUUGUAAUGACAAAAGUUCAUAAAGACAUAGCAUUGUUCAUGGUACAAUUAUCUGAAAAUUCAAACAUGGAAGAAAAUGAAAUAAUUGAAAAAAUAGCUAAAAAAACUGAAGAAUUAAGGUCACAAUUCAGGGAAAAAAAAAAAAAUGUUUUUCCAUAUAAAAUAAUUGAAAAGGAAACUUUUUUUUCUUUUUUUCCAGCAUGUUUACUUCAGAAUCAAAUUUGGAAAAUAAGAAAACAUUUUCCAUUGAAUCACUAA